CAUUUACUGCUUAACUGAUCUGCAGUCUGUGCAAAGAUAUCUGUCUUGUUGGUGAGUGAAGGUGUAGAGUUGACUGUCUGUUAAAAACUCACAAUACUGUAAUACGGAGAGCUUUUCUCAUCAGGUUGGAAAAAUGGCCUUAAAACAAAUUGAAGUUCCUGCUCUGGGUCGACCUUUCACCCUCGGAAUGCUCUAUGAUGCGCAAAGAGAUGACCUUAUCAAAGGUUUGACGUUGUGGGACCCUAAAACUCUACAAGAAAAGACGACCCAAAGUCCUAAAGACAGCAAUGGUUUUGCCAUUAAUGAUUGUCAGUCCAUUGAAUCAAAGUCCUUUCUGCUGGAUGUUAAUGCUUCUCUGAAGGCCAGCUUCCUCUCUGGACUGAUUGAAGUGGGAGGAUCUGCCCAUUACCUGAAAGAUCAGAGAGAAUUCAAGAAUCAGAGCACAGUGACUGGUUUCUACAAAUCUACAACCCGCUUGGAACAGUUGUCAAUGACUGACCUGAUGACCUUAGAAUCCUGUCAAGAGGACAUUAUCAUCAAGAGUUCUGCAACACACGUAGUCACAGGCAUCCUUUAUGGGGCGAAUGCUUUCUUUGUGUUUGACAGUGAAAAGUUAGAAAGCAGCAGUGUUGAAGAAAUCGGGUGCAGCAUGAAAGCUAUGAUACAAAAGAUCCCCUCAUUAAGUAAAAUUGACAACCACGAAGCCAUUAAUCUGACUAAGGAAGAAAAAUCCCUGAGGGCUAAACUUUCCUGCAAAUUCUUCGGAGACUUCGCCCUUCAAAGCCUCCCUUUAUCAUAUGAAGAUGCAGUUAAGACCUUUAGAGAACUUCCACAGUUACUGGGGGAAAAUGGAGAGAAAGCUGUCCCAAUGAAGGUCUGGCUGAUGCCAUUGACUACUUUAUAUGGAGAAGCUGCUGAGCUGAAGAGUGAGAUCAGCGGUGGACUGUUGGGGAAGAUACAGCAUACUCUUGAAGAUUUGAGGGAAAUCCAAAUGAGAAGCAACGAAUCUCUGGAAGACAGAAUGGUACAGAACUUUCCACAUAUUAAAGAAGAGUUAGACACUUUCGAGAAGUUGUGUCAAUUGUAUACAUCAAACCUCCAGGAGACCAUGAAGGAGAAGGUCCCCUCCAUCCGUAAAGAAAAAGAAGAUGAGAGCUCAUUAGAAAAAAGCUUCAGGGACAGAGACGAGUCCCCAAUGAGUCAAAAGAAACUACUCAAGUGGCUGAAUAAUAAGGAGAGAGAAAUCAGCGUCAUCAAAUCCUGUGUGGAGACCAUGGAGGGAACAAAGAUUGUCAAAAAUCAGUCAGAGCUUGACAGAGAGGCUCUUGCUCCAGAUGUAGACAAUACUUUGUGCUUUAUUUUCACCUCCACCAAACCGGGCGAUACUUACCUUGAUGUGAUGUCCAAAUAUUUGGACUCUCCUAUAAAGGGGAGCACCACUGAAGACGAGUGGUUCUACUCAGAUGAAGUCUUGACCUCUAUGAAAGAAAAAGCCAAAGCUUUCCAAGACUUCACCAAAGCACUGAGGAACAACAACAGGACCCGUUUCCUUAUCACAGCCAUUCCAAAUGAGGAAUACAAAGGAGCAACCGUCUACCAUUACAAGAAAGGCAUUCUGAUGAGCAAAAAUUUCUCAGGACCUCAGCUUGAUCCUGAAAACAUCACAGACAAAAGAGAUCUGAUCUUUUAUGCCUGUGAUCUCACCCUGGACCCAAACACUGUCCACAAUAACCUUGUUCUGUCUGAUGGAAACAAGAAGGUAACAUACGGAUCAAAGCGGCAACAACAUUCUACAGACACAGAUAGGUUUAAAGUACACACACAAGUGUUGUGCCAAGAGGGUUUAUCUGGCCGCCAUUACUGGGAGGUAGAGUGGGAUAACGUCUCGUUUAGAAAACGUAUUUAUGUAGCUGUUGCAUACAAGACCAUUGAUAGAACAGGAAGGGGUAAAAGUAGCGAAUUUGGAAAUAAUACGCUAUCGUGGGCUUUUGGCCAGGGAGGUAUAAGUGUAAAACACGUAUUUCGUGCAUGGCACAAUGGAAAGGUGUGGGAAUCUCCUUUUCCCUCUGAUGGCUGCUCCACACUGGGUGUGUAUCUGGACUGCCCUGCGGGUACUCUGUCCUUCUAUAAAGUCUCCUCCGACACACUGACACACCUCUACACCUUUCGCACUAGAUUCAAUGAGGCCUUGUACCCUGGCUUCAGGAUUUACAAUGAGGGCAACUACGCCUACCUGCCUCCUCUUUAAUAGGACCAGUGCUGGUGACUUGUUGGAUCCUUGGUCUGUAAAUAGAGGGACGGGGUUACAAGUAAAGUCUCUAUGGUAAAAUACCAUUCAAUGUUAGCUUGAAUUUAGCAACUCUUAAACUACAUUGCAAAUUUUAUUCCACUUCUUAUUUUUUAACAUUGUCCUUUU